AUGAAGCUGCUGCGGCGCGCGUGGCGGCACCGAACGGCGCUGGGCCUGAGCGCCCUGGCGCUGGGCGGCGCUGCGCUGCUCUACCUGGCGCGCUGCAGGGCGCCCGUCGACCCCGCCGCGCCCGCGCCCUUCGGCCCCACGCGCGCCGCCGCUUUUCUGGCCGUACUGGUGGCUAGCGCGCCGCGGGCGGCCGAGCGGCGCAGCGUGGUCCGCAGCACAUGGCUGGCGGCGCGGCGCGGCGGCCCCGGGGACGUGUGGGCGCGCUUCGCCGUGGGCACCGGCGGGUUGGGCGCCGACGAGCGGCGCGCCCUGGAGCGCGAACAGGCACGGCACGGCGACCUGCUGCUGCUGCCCGCGCUGCGUGAUGCGUACGAGAACCUCACGGCCAAGGUGUUGGCCAUGCUGGCCUGGCUGGACGAGCAUGUGGCCUUCGAGUUCGUGCUCAAGGCAGACGACGACUCGUUCGCGCGUCUGGACGCGCUGCUGGCCGAGCUGCGCGCCCGCGACCCCGCGCGCCGCCGCCGCCUCUACUGGGGCUUCUUCUCGGGCCGCGGCCGCGUCCGGCCCGGGGGCCGCUGGCGCGAGGCCGCCUGGCAGCUCUGCGACUACUACCUGCCCUACGCGCUGGGCGGCGGGUACGUGCUCUCGGCCGACCUCGUGCGCUACCUGCGCCUCAGCCGCGAGUACCUGCGCGCCUGGCACAGCGAGGACGUGUCGUUGGGCGCUUGGCUGGCGCCGGUGGACGUGCAGCGCGAGCACGACCCGCGCUUCGACACCGAGUACAAGUCCCGCGGCUGCAACAACCAGUACCUGGUGACGCACAAGCAGAGCCUGGAGGACAUGCUAGAGAAGCACCGGACGCUGGCACGCGAGGGCCGCCUGUGCAAGCGGGAGGUGCAGCUGCGCCUGUCUUACGUCUACGACUGGUCGGCGCCACCCUCGCAGUGCUGCCAGAGGAAGGAGGGCAUCCCCUGACCGCCCCGAGCAGGGCUGGGACGCCCGGCUCCAGACCCUGCGCAGCCAUUCUGCCGCUCGUGGUGGUGUGUGGAGGCUGGACCGAGUUACUGGGGGCCGCCCGCCGGCCUUCCACUGGUGAAGCUGACAGCUUCUGGCUGGUCGUUAGCAUGAGGCCGGCCCUCGAGAGGACCCAGUUUACCUGGUGACCAUGGGCCAGAUGCCAGGCAGCAGUGGACACCUCCUAAGCCCCGGCUCCGCUAAGCACCCAUACAGCCUACCCGAGGGCAUCUUGUUCUGCGUCUGCGGCCAGCAUCCUGUCAGACAGAAAUGUCCCGUCCCUGGAUUUUAGCGUUUUGCCUGGACGUGGGCGAGUCUGCAGGCAGCCCCGCGGGGCCUGAGCACACACUGUCCUCUCCCAGGCCGGCACCAAGGAGCCAGAGGAUGGAGCUGACAGGCCUUGCAGGACAUGACCCCAAAGGAAAAUGCCCCACCCCUCAGGGCUGGGGACAAUGUCGUGUCUUGCCUCCACUGCACUGGCCACCCACCUGCACCUGCUGAGGGCUGUGGCCGCUGUCAGCUGGGCCCUGGCACUCGGAGACUCGCCAUGUGAUGCAACCCAACAGCUUUUAUAGAAGUUACUGUUGCUUUAUGCGGUUAGGUCACCUCUUGCGUCUCCUGCUGGUAACCCUUGUCACAUGUACGUCUAGGGUUUAACUUCGUUUUAUGUGAGUCAGCUUUCGUGGUAUUUUGGUCUGUGUGUUUGUCUGGAGUGAAUUCGUGGUACGUGUAAUUCAGAGCUUGCCUGCUAUUUAUUUAUAAAUUUUGUGAAUUUGCGAAGAUAAGCGUUUGAGUUGAGAGUUGGGGGGGUCUCAUAUGUUUUGGUAUUCAAGAGAGGAUUUUUCUACGAGAACUUGGAAUUUGUGGGUUAAUCAGUUUUUCCAACUUGAGUUGUAGACGCAUUGCUGCUUAAGGGUUGAGACAUGGAAGAGCUCAUCCACCUCUCUUCUGUUUACACGGAAGGCAACCCCACUGUCUCUCUCUAAAAACACUUUUCUUUAAGGCUUCCUCUCGGCCGCCCAGGGCAAGUGUUUCUGGAAGCAUUGACGAGGUUUCCCAAAAUCUGUCUUGAGACAGCCUUGCUAUGACAUGUCCCCUUGGGGACAGCAGGAGUUCGUGGCACCCUUGCACGUCCCCAGAAGGUUGGGGCUUCCUCUUUUCCCCGUUAAAUGUGAAAAGUGAGCACUGUGGUCAUUGCAGAAGUCAAAUAAAGUGGCUCCCGGGAAACGGGGAGCCCUUCUCAGGC